AUGUCGUCUUCAUCUGUGGCCAGUGGUCUGUCACCCUAUGGCCAAAAUGCGGCUUCAACGAUUCGAGACGCCCGUGAAAGGGAGAAGAAAGAGAUGAGCGAUCUCAACGACAAGCUUGCCAGCUACAUUGAGAAGGUUCGCUUCCUCGAAGCUCAGAAUCGUAAACUGGGAGCUGAUCUUGAUAUGUUACGCAAUCGUUGGGGUAAAGAUACCAGCAGCAUUCGUAGCAUGUAUGAAGGAGAGAUGAGUCAAGCUAAGAAGGUGAUUACUCAAACCGGCAAGGAAAAGGAUGACUUGGAAAAAGAAAUUCGCAAACUCCAAGAUGAUCUCAAUGAAUUCCGUAGAAAAUUCGAAGAGGCGUCGAAAGCUCGUCUUGGAGAUCGUGAAAAGAUCGACGAACUCCUCGUAAAACUCUCAAACAUCGAAGCUGAAAUUAAUCUCUUGAAGAGAAGAAUUGCCCUGCUUGAGGAGGAAAUUUCUCGUCUGAAGAAAGAGAACAUGCGUUUGAUGGCUGAACUCCAACGUGCACGUACAGACCUCGACCAGGAGACACUGAAUCGUAUCGAUUACCAGAAUCAGGUCGCCACACUUCUGGAAGAGAUCGACUUCAUCAACAGAGUCCACGAUCAGGAGAUCAAAGAGCUGCAAGCCAUGGCUGCCCGCGACACUACGAGCGAGAACCGUGAGUUCUUCAAGAACGAACUCGCUUCAGCCAUCAGAGACAUCAGAAGCGAGUAUGAUCAGAUGAUGAACACCAACCGCAACGAUAUGGAGUCGUGGUACAAGCUGAAGGUGCAGGAGAUUCAAACUCAAAGCGCUCGCCAGAAUAUGGAGCAAGGUUACCAGAAGGAUGAAGUGAAACGCCUUCGCACUCAGCUCACCGACCUCAGAGGAAAACUCGCCGACUUGGAGGGCAGAAAUGCACUGCUGGAGAAGCAGAUCCAGGAGUUGAACUACCAGUUGGAGGAUGACCAGAGAUCGUACGAAGCCGCUCUUAACGACCGUGAUGCUCAAAUUCGUAAGAUGCGAGAAGAAUGUCAAGCGCUCAUGGUUGAACUUCAAAUGCUGCUCGACACCAAGCAGACGCUUGAUGCCGAAAUCGCCAUCUACCGUAAAAUGCUCGAAGGUGAAGGAGACGGUCCCGGACUCCGUCAGCUCGUUGAACAAGUCGUUCGAACAACUGGAAUCAACGAAGUCGCUGACACUGAGACAAUGCGCGUCGUCAAAGGAGAGACCUCCAGCCGAACCUCCUACACCCGUUCAGCCAAAGGAAACGUUUCCAUCCAGGAUCCCUCACCCGACGGCAAGUAUGUCGUACUGGAGAACACUCAUCGCUCCAAGGAGGAACCCAUUGGAGAAUGGAAGCUCAAGAGGAAGAUAGACGGAAAGCGUGAAAUUGUCUAUACCUUCCCUUCGGACUUUGUGCUCAGAGGCGGAAAAGCCGUUAAGAUCUGGGCACGUGGACAAGGCGGAGUUCACAAUCCUCCCGAAUCCCUCGUAUUCGACUCUGAAGAAUCAUUCGGUGUCGGUUCAAACGUGCAAACCAUCCUCUACAACAAAGAAGGAGAAGAACGCGCCACGCACAUUCAACGACAGAGUCAAAGCGCCACAUAA